GUUUUAACUGGCCUGAAGUGCAAAAUUACUCUUAGGAAGAACAAAAGUACCUGAUCGUCGGAAUGAUGACGGUGAAGGCGGGGGUGAAGGGCGAAUCUUUCCUGCUGCAAGCUUCCAUUGCAGUUAUAUCUAUUGCCAUAUGCGCUGGUGUUAGACAUAUGCAUGGUGACAAAUGUACCGAGCCACCUUCGGACUUCAUCGGGAUAUUCCGUAGCUCGGCCAUUCGUGGGCGUAAGGUAACGAUCGAAAAGGAUGGGAUCUUAGCUACUGGACCACAGCCACAUAAAUUAUACGGCUUUGCCGAUCGCCAAAUGUUUGCCCUCUGGUUAACACGGAAGAAACUAUCAUUUGAACAGGCGUAUUGCACCAACAAUGCAAUGACGAUUUUCUUCAGGCACAAUCUAAACCAUCGCCAAAAAGCGAGAUAUCACUGUCUUCAACUAACAAGAGAUCGAAUACCAGGACAACUAAAAGGAAAAUUUGUUUUCAAUGCACCUACGAGGAACAAGACUCCCGUGAACUGCAGCGAUGUUCCUUAUCCUCAUAAAUCCUCAACGGGGCACGUUCUCGAGACAAUAUUGACGAAAGAAGUAAAACACGAAAAUCGAUGUGUUAUGUCCGUUCAUAAAACUCAAAUUCCGACAGAGCAUCAAACAGAGGAUAUAUCUUCUGGUAUGUCUUUUGGAAUGGACACCAAUGAAGUUCCGAUGGUACUUUGGGUGGACAAGGGCUGCCGAGCCAAGUUCUGUAUUACAUAUACAAUACCGUCAAAAGCUGAAGACUGCAGUGGGUUGACUGAUGGUGUACACACUAUUCGAACUGCUGACGGGAGACAAUUUAGAGGGCUUUGUAAAAACCAAGGAUUACAUAUAGCUUAUAGGUUUGAUGGAUCGGUGGACUUUGGUGGAACAUGGCAAAAUUUUGAAAAUGGAUUCGGUGAUGUCAGUAAAGAACAUUUCAUUGGCUUCAAAAACAUUAUAUCUGUCUUGAGACAAGGUCGAUACACAUUGCGAAUUGAACUUACUGACUGGUACAAUAAAACAAGGCAUGCUGAUUACAAAAUCUUCAACAUUUCGGAUAAAUCUGAUAACUACAGGUUAACAGUAGCUGAGUACUCGGGAUCUCUUGGCGAUGCCUUGGGCAGUGCCGAUAAUUUGCAAUUCAGUACAUGGGAUAAACCUCAUGAUGAAUUGGAAUAGCAUUGCUACACGUUUCUAUGUAAGGGCUGCAUGUAAAUUUCUACAAACGACAAUUAAAGCUCCCCUCCACUUCAAAAAACAACAAACAACAACAUCGUGAACAUGCAGCAUGAUUUGAGUACGGUACCUAAAAUAUGUGGGGUAUUUUCAUUGAAUUCCAAUUUCUAUUUUGUACUCUCAACAUCAUAUGUCGCUAGCGACAAGGUCCGUAAUUCGACGCCAAAUGUGAACAAAUACGAGUUAAUAUAAAUCAAAUAUAAACACCGAUCUUCAAUGUCUUGAUAAAACGACAGCCAGUGUUACAACAAUUAACGUCACUAUAAAAAUCACAGCACCAACGAUCAC